AUGCCACCAAAGGCGCCCAAGGGAGCCCCCAAGGCGGCCGCCAAGAAGGGGCCGCCGAACGCCAUGCUGGCGAAGCUCAAGAUGAAGAUGGAGCUUCAGAAGGUGGAAGAGGAGCGUCUGCGCCUCGAGGCCGAAGAGGAGGAGCGCCGCAUCCGUGAGGAGGAGAGGCUCGCUGAGGAGCAGCGCAAGUUCGAGGAGGCGGAGCGCCAGAAGGAGCGCGAGCGUCAGAAGGAGGAAGAGCGCCUGGCCCGCAAGGAGCGCAAGGCGGCUGGGAAGAACGACGCCCUCGACCGCAUGCGCGCGGCUGGCAUGAUAUUGCCCGAUAUAGAUCGCAUUCGCCAUGAUGAGGAGGUGCGCAAGGUGGAGGAGAACGCUGCCCCAAAGCCGAAGCCAAAGCCGAAGCCGAAGCCGGUGGUUGCCGCGGCGCCGCCUCCAGAAGAGGAGGAGGAAGAGGGGGAGCCGACGGAGCUGACAGAGUCGGAAGAGGAGAUCGACGAGGACGACUGGGAAGCCGUCAUGGAGCGCGAUGAGCGUCGUGCCACCCGGCACACGAACAACGAGCGCAUCCGUGCCGAGCGUGCUGAGCGCAAGGAGACCCGUAAGGCGGAGAAGCAGCGGAUGGAAGCGGAGAUUCGGUCGAAAAACCACGUUCUGGAGAAGGUGAGCAACCUGCGCUCCCCGAUUUGCUGUGUGCUUGGCCACGUCGAUACGGGUAAGACCAGCCUGCUGGAUCGCAUCCGCUCUACCAACGUACAAGGAGGCGAGGCCGGUGGUAUUACGCAGCAGAUUGGCGCCACCUUCUUCCCUCGCGAGUCCCUCGUGUCUGCCACGGCGGAGCUGAUCAAGAAGCACAAGUGCAACCUGAACGUGCCGGGUCUGCUGGUGAUCGACACACCCGGUCACGAGUCUUUUACAAACUUGCGCAGCCGCGGCAGCAGCCUGUGCGACAUUGCGAUUCUGGUGGUGGACAUCAUGCACGGUCUGGAGCAGCAGACGCGCGAGUCCAUCCGCCUGCUGCGCGAAAAGCGGUGUCCAUUCAUUGUGGCACUGAACAAGGUGGAUCGCCUGUUCGACUGGCAGCCGCACGAGAACAUGGACAUACAGCAGUCACUGGAGCUGCAGAAGGCGCACGUCCGCAGCGAGUUCCACACGCGCUGGUGCCAGGUGAAGAACGAGCUCUCCGCUGAGGGGCUAAACUCGGAGCUGUACUACAACAACAAGGAGGUGCGCAACGUUGUUUCGGUCGUGCCGACGUCGGCCCGCACCGGUGAGGGCGUGUGCGACCUGCUUCUGCUGGAGAUUCAGCUCGUGCAGCAGUUCAUGGAGGGCAAGGUGACCUACAAGGACGAUUUGCAGUGUACGGUGCUUGAGGUGAAGCCGAUCACGGGGUACGGCUUCACGGUCGACGUCAUCCUCAUCAACGGCGAGCUGCACGAAGGAGACGAGGUAUGUCUGUGCGGUCAGAACGGCCCCAUCUUCACGCAAAUCCGGUCGCUGCUGACACCGCAGCCCCUGCGCGAGAUGCGUGUGCGCGGCGAGUACAUUCACCACAAGUCGAUCAAGGCGGCAAUGGGUGUGAAGAUCUCCGGAAACGACCUCGAGUAUGUCAUCCCCGGUACCCAGCUCCUCGUUGUGCACGCGAACGACAACAAGGAGAAGAUCGCCGAGCUGGUCAUGAAGGAUGCGACCAAUAUCAACGAGUUUCUGGACCCCGACGGCCUCGGCGUGAGUGUGCAGAGCAGCACCCUCGGCGCCCUCGAAGCCCUUCUGUCGUUCCUGAAAGGCAUGAAAAUCCCUGUGGCGAGCAUCGCCAUCGGCCCAAUCUACAAGCGUCACAUGCACCAGGUGCUAUCGAUGAAGCGGCGGGAGCCGCGCUACGCCGUGAUUCUUGCAUUCGACGUGCCGGUUUCCGAGGAGGCGCGCGAGAUCGCGAAAAAGAACGACAUCGACAUCUUCGAGGCGAACAUCAUCUACCACCUCUUUGACAAGUUCACUCGCUACAUAAACGAGUACGAGCAGCGCGAAAAGGACCGCCUGCGCUCUGUCGCGGUCUUCCCGGUGCAGCUGAAGAUGAUUGCCGAGUCGAUCCACUCGACCGACCCCAUCAUCAUUCCUGUCACAGUGGAGCGUGGUCAGCUGCGCCCCGGAACGCCACUGAGCGCGAUUCGCAAGAAGGACGACAGCGUCGUCGUUAUUGGCCGCGUGAUGUCGAUGGAGCGCGGCAACCGGCCAGUGGAGAUCGGCACCCCUGGCAUGGACCUGGCUGUGAAGAUAAACUCCGGUGAGUCGGGCGUCACGGUCGGCCGGCAGUUCGACAACAGUGACAUCAUUGUGUCGCACAUAACUCGCCAGUCCGUGGAUGCCGUGAAGAAGUUCAAGGACGAGCUGAAGCCCGAUGAUGUGCUGCUGCUGGCCUCGCUCAUCAAGGUGCUGAAGGUGCCAAACAAAUAA